UUUUAUAUGUAGUUUUGUAUCUGUCAAAUAAAUUCUAAAAAACGGUUAUAAAUUUGCAAUAGUAGAUGUAAUUUCUUAUGGUGAUAAAGCAGGAAAUAUGAGGAAAUAGAUGCUUUAUCCUCUUGAAUUUCCCAUUCAAACCUCUCGUGUUUGUUGUACGUCAGGAACUCAUUUUCAAUGAAUGGGGAUGAACGCCGUGACCAUCAAAGAGUGUACAGAACGUGGACAGCGGCAUCCUGAGUAGCUGUUCCACCGGGGCAGAAAACAACACGUGGGUGUUGUAAAGGAUGUAGUGGAGGAUGUGUAGUUUGUGCGCCUUCUCUUGUGUGUUGCUUGGUGUGUACUGAAAGGAAUCUCCACUUCACAUCUCUUCACAGUGACUGGCCACAAUGAGUGCAGGGAGGGGAGUGGUUUAACCUCACUGUUAGCAAGUUUAAACCACUUUAGCAAGUGGCUGGGGCGCUGAUGAAAGGCAAGCACAUGCUGUCUGGCACCACUAACUAAAGGGACAAGCUACCAUAAAUUCCUGAUGGUGUUCUCUCCACCUACUAAUGAGAAAUAUUAAAAGGAAGCUGCAGAAUCUCAGCGGAGUUAUUUACACUUGGAUGCUGUUGGGAACCAACAUCUAACCCUUAAGAGAAGACUUAAAAAAAACCAGACCUUAGAAAAUCAAUUUCUAUCAUCUUUAGAGUAAAAAGAAAAACUCUGAAGAUGCUGAAUGUGGAUUUACUCAUUUUAAGCUUCUGCCUUGGUCUGGGAACACGACACAGUGCUGUUGGACAGAGACAAUAUCAGAUCCAGAAUGGCCCGUGCAGCUACACAUUUCUGCUGCCAGAGCAAGAGAACUGCCAAAACCAGAACAACUACUACUAUCCAGAUCAGAGGGAUGGACCCACAGACAACGAGUCGAUUCAGAGGCUGGAGCAACUUGAGAUAAACAUGGAGAACAACACACAGUGGCUGCUAAAGUUGGAGAACUACAUCCAGGACAGCAUGAAGCAGGAGAUUAUCCAGUUCCAACAGGCUGCUGUUCAGAACCACACAGCUACAAUGAUUGAAAUUGGGACGAACCUGCUGAGUCAAACCGCUGAGCAAACAAGAAAGCUCACCAACGUGGAGGCGCAGGUAAUUCAUCAUUCAACACGACUUGAGCGUAAACUUCUAGAAAACUCCUUGUCAACCAACAAGUUAGAAAAACAACUCAUUGUCCAAACAAAUGAGAUCAAUAAGCUGAAUGAUAAAAACAGUCUUAUGGAGAAAAAAGUGCAGCAGAUGGAGGAGCAGAGGCAAGAGGAGCUGAAAACACUUCAAGAAGAGAAGGAGCAGCUCCAGUCUUUAAUACUGAGGCAGACAGCGAUCAUCGGAGAACUGGAGCAGCAGCUGCUGAAAGUCUCCUCCAACAACUCAGUUUUACACCAUCAACAGCAGGAGCUGCUGGACACCGUGAACGACCUCAUAUACACACUGUCUGCUGGCUCUGCUCAAGAGACCAAACCUGUUAUGAUGCAGGACACUCCAACUACAUUUAAUGACUGCGCCGCUGUCUACAAGGCAGGAAACACCCAGAGUGGAGUCUACACUCUCACAGUACCCAACACUACCACAGAAGUUAAGGCUUUCUGUGACAUGGAGACAGAAGGGGGUGGCUGGACCGUAGUCCAAAAACGCUUUGAGGGCCGUGUUGACUUUCAUCGUACGUGGCAGGAGUACAAAAAGGGGUUUGGAGAACCUUCAGGUGAAUUCUGGCUGGGAAAUGAGUUUGUCUCCAUACUGACUAAUCAAAAGACGUACAAACUAAGGAUCCAGCUGAGCGACUGGGAAGGAAACUCUGCAUACUCACAAUAUGAUCAGUUCUCCCUUGAUAAUGAAGCACAAAAUUACAAGAUACACCUUAAAGGCUACAGUGGAACGGCAGGCAAAAUAAGCAGCAUUGGGCAGCCAGGAAGUAGUUUCAGUACAAAGGAUGCAGACAAUGACAAAUGUGUUUGCAAAUGCUCACAACUGACAACAGGAGGCUGGUGGUUUGAUGCCUGUGGUCCAUCCAACCUGAAUGGGAUUUACUAUCAAAAUGGACAAAACUCCAAUCGCUUCAAUGGAAUCAAAUGGUACUACUGGAAAGGCUCGGGCUACUCACUGAAGUCGACUGCAAUGAUGAUCAGAUCGACAGAUUUCUCAGGCUCACUUUGACACAACUCUUUGAUUAAACUAAGAGAAAAGUAAAUUCCGCUUAACAAGCACAAUUACCAAAAAACAAAACUUCUUGGUGGAGCCAAAGCAGCCUCAUGCAUUUUUUUUAUACAGCUGUUUGUAUUUAUGUAUUUAAUUAUUUGAAACAAAAAGGCAUAGAGACACUUUAGGCACAGUGAUGUAAUUCUGUUAACCUAACAGAUUAUAAAAGGUAAAAUUUAAUAACUUAAUGUCCAAUCAUCCAUUUUCUAUAUCUGCUUUUCUCUAAAAUAUUUGAAGCACAUAACAAAUAGCAGUUGAUGUUAUUUUAUAGAUAGAUGAUGGUACAAGAUAAUGAACUGGUAGCCAUAAAUAAAUAUGGGUGAGAGUUUGUUUGACAAAUGUUUUAAGUGUAAAUGCCACAAAAAUGUUUCAUUUAAGGACCUUUGUUUCAUUCUUUAGAAUGGAUGUAAAUUUGUUUAAGUUAAAAAGGAUAUCUGUGCAAUUCUGAGCUACUUAAAGUCAAUUCUGAGGAUUUAUAUUAACAUAUUCUUUCACGUUUUUGUUUCUGGUUAUAGAUUGUUAGGCUUGAAUGAUUUAGGAGUGUUUCUGUUUCUGAAGCUGAAUAUCAUCAACCGCAAGGCAAAGCGCUCACAGUACAUAAUUUAUAGUCUUAAUUCUCAACAUUUUAGACACUUCAUUAGCAUUUUCUUCUACUGUAAACAAUAAACUUUCAUGUGCUCAA